AUGCGUCGGCUCAUCUCCCGCAGCGUUUCUGUCAGCGCCGCCACCCGCUCGCCGGCUUCGUCCGCCGCUCCCCGUUCAACCCUCGUCGCCAUGUCGUCGUCCAAGAGCGCCGUGGCCGCGCGUAGAAUUCACGCCACGGCCCAGCAGAUGCGUCCCGCCGCCGGCGCUGCCGCCCUGGCCUCGACCGCCACCAGCUACCCGACCACCCACGAAAAGAUCCAGCCGGUCCAGGACACGCCCUACUUCGUCGACAACAAGUUCGUCCAGUCCAAGGCGUCCGCCUUCAUCGACCUGCCCGACCCGGCCACCAACAACCUCGUCACUCGCGUCCCGCAGAUGACCGAGGAGGAGAUGCGCGCCGCCGUCGCCAGCGCCGAGAAGGCGUUCGCCUCCUGGCGCAACACCUCGGUCCUCCACCGACAGCAGAUCAUGUUCAAGUUCGUCGCCCUCAUCCGCGAGAACUGGGACCGCCUUGCCGCUAGCAUCACCCUCGAGCAGGGCAAGACCUUUGCCGACGCCAAGGGUGACGUCCUCCGCGGCCUGCAGGUUGCUGAGGCUGCCUGCGGCGCUCCCGAGCUCCUCAAGGGCGAGGUGCUCGAGGUUGCCAAGGACAUGGAGACGAGAACCUACCGUGAGCCAUUGGGCGUCGUUGCUGCCAUCUGCCCAUUCAACUUCCCGGCCAUGAUUCCUCUCUGGUGCAUCCCCAUUGCCACCAUCACCGGCAACACCCUCAUCCUCAAGCCCUCGGAGCGUGACCCCGGUGCCGCCAUGAUCCUCGCCGAGCUCGUGCAAAAGGCCGGCUUCCCCGACGGCGUCGUCAACGUCAUCCAUGGCGCGCACAAGACGGUCGACUUCAUCCUCGACGAGCCCGCCAUCAAGGCCGUCAGCUUCGUCGGCGGCAACAAGGCUGGCGAGUACAUCUUCUCGCGCGGUUCGGCCAACGGCAAGCGCGUGCAGGCCAACCUGGGUGCCAAGAACCACGCGGCCGUGUUGCCCGACUGCAACAAGAACCACUUCAUCAACAGCGUCGUCGGCGCCGCUUUUGGCGCGGCCGGCCAGCGCUGCAUGGCCCUCAGCACCCUCGUCAUGGUCGGCGAGACCAAGGAGUGGCUGUCUGAGGUGGCCGAGAGCGCCAAGAAGCUCAAGGUCGACGGCGGCUUCGAGGACGGCGCCGACCUCGGCCCCGUCAUCUCCCCGCACAGCAAGGAGCGCAUCGAGGGCCUAAUCGCCUCGGCCGAGAAGGAGGGCGCCACCAUCCUGCUCGACGGCCGCGGCUUCAAGCCCUCCAAGUACCCCAACGGCAACUUCAUCGGCCCGACCAUCAUCUCCAACGUCACGCCGGACAUGACGUGCUACAAGGAGGAGAUCUUCGGCCCCGUCCUCGUCUGCCUCAACGUCGAGACCAUGGACGACGCCAUCGACCUGAUUAACAAGAACGAGUACGGCAACGGCGUCGCCAUCUUCACCAAGUCGGGCCCCACGGCCGAGACCUUCCGCCGCAACAUCGAGGCCGGUCAGGUCGGCAUCAACGUGCCCAUCCCCGUCCCGCUGCCCAUGUUCUCCUUCACCGGCAACAAGAAGAGCAUUGCUGGCGGCGGCGCUAGCACCUUUUACGGCAAGCCGGGCAUCAACUUUUACACACAGCUCAAGACGGUGACGGCCUUGUGGCAGAGCAACGAUGCGGUGGCCAAGAAGGCGACGGUGGCCAUGCCUACCCUGCAGUGA